GAUCGGUACCUCUACCACAUGCGCCUCUCUGAUGAUGUCCUACUGGAUGUGAUGAAACGCUUCCAGGCAGAGAUGGUGAAGGGCCUGGGAAGAGACACCAACCCAACAGCUACCUUAAAAAUGCUCCCAACAUUUGUGCGAUCAACUCCUGAUGGCUCGGAAAAGGGUGACUUCCUGGCUUUAGACCUUGGUGGCUCCAAAUUUAGGGUCCUGAAGGUCAAAGUGUCCGAAGAUGGGAAGCAAAACGUUCAAAUGGAGAGUCAGUUCUACCCAACACCCAAAGAAAUCAUACAUGGGAAUGGAACAGAUCUGUUUAAAUAUGUAGCUGAGUGUCUCACAGACUUCAUGGAGACCAAGGACAUAAAGCACAAGAAGUUGCCUCUCGGCUUUACCUUUUCUUUUCCUUGUAGGCAGAAUAAAUUAGAGGAGGGUGUGCUGCUUUCUUGGACAAAACACUUUAAAGUCCGAGGAGUGCAGCAGACAGAUGUGGUGAGCUCCCUCCGCAAAGCCCUCAGGAAACACCAGGACAUUGAUGUGGAUGUCCUCGCCUUGGUAAAUGACACAGUGGGAACAAUGAUGACCUGUGGAUAUGAUGAUCAACGGUGUGAAGUUGGUGUCAUUAUUGGAACAGGCACGAAUGCUUGCUACAUGGAGGAGAUGAGCAAUAUUGACCUUGUGGAAGGUGAUGAAGGGCGAAUGUGCAUCAACACUGAAUGGGGAGCCUUUGCAGAUGACGGCUCAUUAGAAGGCAUUCGGACUGAGUUCGACAGAGAGAUUGAUUUAGGUUCUAUUAAUCCUGGGAAGCAAUUAUUUGAGAAGAUGAUCAGUGGAUUGUAUUUAGGUGAACUUGUCAGGCUUAUCCUUCUGAAAAUGGCAAAGGAAGGCUUACUUUUCAAUGGGAAGUUAUCAACGGAUCUCUGCACUAAGGGCAAGAUUGAGACGAGACAUGUUGCUGCCAUGGAAAAAUAUAAAGAAGGCCUGAAUAAUACUAAAGAGAUUCUGACGGAACUGGGCCUGACCCCGUCUGAAGAAGACUGCCUUGCAGUACAGCACGUCUGCACCAUUGUUUCGUUCCGUUCGGCCAACCUUUGUGCCUCAGCCUUAGCGGCCAUCCUGACGCGCCUUCGUGAAAAUAAAAAACUGAUUAGGCUCCGUACGACUGUUGGCAUGGAUGGAACAGUGUACAAGACACACCCUCAGUAUGCUAAGCGUCUUCAUAAAGUAGUCAGAAGGUUAGUCCCCAACUGCGAUGUUCGGUUUUUGCUCUCCGAGAGUGGCAGCGGGAAAGGAGCUGCAAUGGUAACCGCUGUUGCCUACAGGCUGUUAUCACAGCGUAAACAGAUCGAUGAGGUCUUGGCAUACUUCAGAUUAACUGAAGAGGACCUCGUAGAAGUGAAAAACAAAAUGAGGCUGGAGCUGGAGCGUGGCCUGAAGAAAGAGAUGCAGCCAACGGCGACGGUGAAAAUGCUGCCAACGUUUGUCUGCGGAACUCCAGAUGGGACAGAAAAAGGAAAAUUCCUUGCUCUAGAUCUUGGGGGAACAAAUUUCAGAGUUUUGCUUGUAAAAAUCAGAAGUGGAAGAAGCAAAUCGGUCCGAAUGUACAAUAAAAUCUUUGCCAUUCCUAUGGAAAUUAUGCAAGGAACAGGGGAAGAGCUGUUUGAUCAUAUUGUUCAGUGCAUCGCAGAGUUUUUGGAGUAUAUGGGCAUUAAAGGUGCACGACUCCCUCUUGGCUUUACAUUUUCUUUCCCCUGCAGGCAAGCAAGCAUUGAUAAGGGGGCUCUCAUUGGCUGGACAAAGGGUUUUAAGGCCACAGACUGUGAAGGAGAAGAUGUUGUUGACAUGCUCAGAGAAGCUAUUAAACGCCGAAAUGAAUUUGAUCUGGAUAUUGUGGCCAUUGUCAAUGACACUGUUGGGACCAUGAUGACUUGUGGUUAUGAAGACCCAAACUGUGAAAUUGGUCUCAUUGCAGGGACAGGCAGUAAUGUGUGCUACAUGGAAAACAUGAAGAAUAUCGAAGUUAUCAAAGAGGAUGAAGGCAGGAUGUGCAUCAAUACAGAAUGGGGAGGAUUUGGUGACAACGGCUGCAUUAAUCAUCUCAGGACAAAAUAUGACAAAGAAGUAGAUGAAGGUUCAUUAAACCCUGGGAAACAGAGGUAUGAGAAGAUGACCAGCGGAAUGUAUCUGGGUGAAAUAGUGAGGCAGAUUUUGAUUGACUUGACGAAGCAAGGCCUUCUCUUCAGAGGUCAGAUUUCAGAAACGCUGAGAAGCAGAGGAAUAUUUGAAACCAAAUUCCUGUCUCAGAUUGAAAGUGACCGGCUUGCCUUGCUCCAAGUGAGAAAAAUCCUGCAGCAGCUUGGCCUUGACAGCACCUGUGACGACAGUAUCACCGUGAAGGAGGUGUGCGGCUGUGUUUCGAAGAGAGCAGCUCAGCUCUGUGGAGCCGGACUGGCGGCGGUUGUCGAGAAGAUACGGGAGGACAGGAACUUGGAGCACCUAAAAACCACCGUAGGCGUGGAUGGCACCUUAUACAAGCUGCAUCCUCAUUUUUCUAGGAUUCUGCAAGAAACUGUGAAACAGCUGGCGCCCCAGUGUGAUGUGACUUUCCUGCUUUCAGAAGACGGGAGUGGAAAGGGAGCUGCCCUAAUUACUGCUGUUGCCAAGAGGAUGCAUAGCGCCGCUGAGCACUGA